GCCCAUUCAUGCGACAUUAGCAAAGCUGCUGUGAAGUUGAAGGAAAAUGGCCCACCGUGGCUUUGCCUUGGUCCUCGGACUGUUGGGAAGCCUUCUUCUCGCUGAGUGUGCAGUUUUUAUUAAUCAGCAAAAGGCAAGUUCUGUCUUGCGCCGAUAUAGAAGGUAUAAUUCUGGAUACCUUGAAGAAGUUCGUCAAGGGAAUCUUGAACGGGAGUGCAUUGAGGAAAUAUGCGAUUUUGAAGAAGCCCGAGAAGUUUUUGAAGAUGAUGCUCAAACGGUGGUAUUUUGGAAGACAUAUAUUGAUGUAUGUUCACUGGAGAAUGGAAAUUGUGAGCAGAUUUGCAGAAAUGUACAAAGAGGGAGGGCAGCUUGUUCCUGUGUUGAUGGAUACAAUCUGUUGGAUGACCAGAAGACCUGUGGACCAUCAGGAGCCUUUUCUUGUGGAACGAUUACAUUGCCAGAACCUAUAACAUCCAGACUCUCAGAGGACCAGAGCAACAUCAACAAUACCAAAACACACCAAGGGAAGUUAAACAUUGCUCAGGUUGUCCUCCCAAGAAGAAUUCCUACUCGAGACUGGGGUCAGUUUAAUAGCUGGAAAGGACAAGUUCCAUGGCAGGUUUAUAUGUUCAGCUUCGAUAGAAAAGGAUUUUGUGAAGGAGUGUUGAUUAGUGAUAAGUGGGUUAUCACAGCAGCGCAUUGUCUGGAGUAUAAGCCUCACACAAUUGUGGCAGGAGAAUACGACACCAGUGCCUUCGAGCACUCUGAGCAGCUCCGUCAAAUCCUGAGGGUGUUCCAGCAUCCUAGCUACAACAAGACUAGAAAGUAUGAAAACGACCUCGCUCUUCUGGAACUCAGCACACCCUUGGUCCUGAACAAAUAUGUCACCCCCAUUUGCAUCGGGAACAGGGUGCUCACGAAGUACCUCCUAGAGCAGGGAAGAGGCACCCAGAGUGGCUGGUGGACGCUUGACUAUUUAGAGAAGAUCUCAACUACCCUUCAGCGUGCCGACAUCCAAUAUGUCGACCAGGUCAACUGUCUGCAGAAGAACGACACCCAACCUUCUCCCAAUACCUUCUGUGCAGGCCAUCCUACCUUUGUCAGAAAGGUUUAUCAUGGCAACAGUGGUGCUCCAUUUGCCACGGAGAGGAACAACACAUGGUUUCUAACGGGCAUCGCGACUUGUGGAGAAGAGUGUACCGGGGACAAACCGUACGAGACCUUCACUUCGAUUGCAAAUUAUAUUGCGUGGAUACACAAUGUGAUAAGAGGGGAGCUGUGAGGAAGAGGCACAAUGUCUUCUAUCAGUUCCCCUGUUAUCUCCUGACCAUGUGAGGGAGGAGACAUAUACGCUUCCUAAUUCCUUUGCCCCUUUCAUUUAAUUACAGUACAUAACACUUACGCAAAAAUAGAUCAUGCUUUAUUCUGGGGCAUUAUUUUCACUGAAAUCGGAUCCAAUCUGCACAGAAAUUAGCUAGGAACAUAAUACUGGUAGAGGUGGCAGAGCCCAAUGGGUAAAGCCUUUCGCUUGAAGAAUUCGAAGGCCCAUUUUUAAUCCCGUCGUUCUGAGUCUAGUCAAAUCCCACCACACCAUCAGUUUUCUAAGCACUGCCUGCUUACCUGGCUGGGGUGAAGGUAAAACACAAGAGUAGAAAAAAAGUGGAUGGCAAAUGAGCCUGAGAAAUGCGUGUUGAAAUUUGGAAAUGUGUAUGAUUAUGAAGUAUAAUGAAAGCAAUAAAUAAAUAAAUGGCAACUUGAAAAAGA